AUGGACAGCAAAGGAGAAGUAGAUGAUGAAAUUAACGAUGAAAAGUCAGCUGAGGAUUCAAAGGAAAUUCUAUAUAAGAAACAACCAAACAAUUACCUCUGUUCUUUAUGUGAAUACGUAAAUGAAAAAGUCCCUGCAACAAUGGUUUGCAUUGACGAUGACAUACUUUUAUGCAACGGUUGUGGGUUUCGUCACAAGGCAGCUGGAUCUACUAAAGAUCACAGGGUUCCAAGCCUCACCGAAUACAUCAAAGAGGAAUUCACGUGUUAUCUUUGUAAAAGUGUUAAUGAGGUUAUUCCAGGUUACGCAUUUUGUAAUGAUUCAAAUGAGCAUGUUUUAUUUGAUGACGUUAAGGGUCUUGCAUUGCAUUUAAGCCAGCCAAUGGUGCCUUCAUUCACGCAUGUUCGAGAGAAUAAUUUGUGGUUUCCUGUUGACAAGAUAGAUCAACGCCAUCCAGAACCUGAAUCAAUUGCACAAAACCACCCGAAGCAUGACUACACAACAGGAUCGCAACAGCCAGUGUGCGAUGAGAGAGAAUCGUCAUCUAAAGAGAAGAAACGGAACAAAAAGGACAAAAAGAAGCUUGGAGGGCGACUAAGGAGGUCAAGGUCAUCCUUGUUAGAACCAAAGAUGGACACUCCUAGUAUGACAUGUGGAAAACCAGUUCUCUCUCUUGCAAGUUUUGACACAAUAGAAAUUCGAUGGGAAGAACCAUCACAAGGGGUAGACUACUAUACUAUAUCGUUUAAAAGGAAAAUCGAUGACAAAUGGAAGGAUUUUCCUGUGCAAUGGAAAUCAAACAGAGCAACUAUCACUGGACUGCAGUCAGAUACACCAUACGAAUUCAAAGUUCUCUGCGUAAAAGACAAUGAAAACAAAAUUCAGAGUGAAUCAAGCAUCAUGAACACAACCCAAUCACCUGCUGCUAAAUAUGUUCGAUUUUCUUCCAAACAAAAGGAUGGUAAUCCAGCUAUCUUCAAAUUACCUCCAAUAGAAAACAUGAAGGCUAGAAACGAAAAAGAUAAAACCAGGGAACUUAUCAUUGGUGACCCUAAAGGCAAUACUGUAGAAGAAAAAACACUUAUGCUUGUUGGUGCCACAGGAUCAGGAAAGAGUACAUUAGUCGAUGGUAUCAUCAAUUACAUCCUUGGAGUUCAAUUCCAUGACAAAUUUAGGUUCACUGUGGUAGAGCUGGAAGAGGAUGAGCAAAAAUCAAAUAAUCAGGCAUUGUCACAGACAGAAUGGGUCACUGUUUAUAGAGUUAUUCCAGAUAGACUAUCUAAAAUAAGAUAUACACUUAACAUCAUUGACACCCCUGGCUUUGGUGACACGAGAGGGAUACAAAGAGAUAACAAAAUCAUAGACCAAAUUCGAAGUCUUUUUUCGUCUAAUGCUAAAGCAUUUCUUGAUGCUGUUUGUUUUAUUGCAAAAUCUCCCGAUGCCCGAUUAACUGCUGUACAAACUUACAUAUUUAAUCAAAUUAUGGCACUUUUUGGAAAAGAUAUGGAAAAUAAUUUCUGCAGUUUUAUAACUUUUGCAGAUGAACAAAGUCCCCCAGUAUUAGCAUGCCUAAAAUCAGCCAAUCUUCCCGCUCGUAUAUGGUUUAAAUUUAAUAAUUCUGGUUUAUUUGCCUCAAACAAAGACAACGUAGCAAAACCAUCAUGGGAUAUGGGAUGGAAAAGCUUUGAAAACUUCUUUAAAGGUCUUCAUCAAUUUCAGGCUAAAAGUCUUACACUUACAAAAGAAGUGUUAGAAGAGCGAGAGAAAUUACAAACAAUCCUUUCAAAUAUUCAGCCGCAAGUUAGUGCCGGCCUUACCAAAUUAAACGAGCUUCGUGACCAAAUUUCUACCUUUUUAAAGCAUAAAAAUGAUUUAAAAGAUAAUAAAGAUUUUACGUAUGAAACUCAAACAGUUAAACAGAUACAAGAAGACCUUGAAAAAGGUGUAUAUGUUACAAAUUGUUUAAUUUGUAACAUCACUUGUCAUUAUCCAUGCGGGAUUCCUGAUGAUGGAAAUAAAAUAAACUGUUUUGCAAUGACGAAUGGGUUUUGUAGAAUAUGUGAAAAAAAAUGCAAAUGGGAUGAACACAAGAAUGCAAAAUAUAGAUUCCGAUAUGAAACAGUGACUGAAACGCGAACAUAUGAAGAAAUGAAAAAGAACUAUGAAAAAGCAAGAGGUGAAAAAUUAACUCACGGAAAAUAUCUUCAGGAACUACAAAAGGAUGUAGAAAGCCUAUAUUUAGAGGUCCAAAAAAUGAUGAGGGAAACUAUGAGGUGUAAAAAUAGGUUAAACGAAAUUGCACUGCGACCAGACCCUCUCAGUACAACUCAACAUAUUGAUCAGAUGAUACAAGCUGAAGAAUUUGAAAAGAACCCAGGUUUUCAAAAUCGAAUAAAAAUGCUGCAGGAUUAUAAGCUUUUAGCAAAUACAGACAGAAAUGUCGAAAGGGUAGCGAUUGGGUUAUAUAAUAUGAGGGAGGAAGUUAAGAAUGCACUUGACAAUUGA